AUGGCUGAGUUUGCAGUUUCGGCUGUCGUCGAAAAGCUCACGAGCUGUAUCACUGAAGAAGCACUUCUCUUGGAAGGUGUGGGUGGCAAAGUUGAGCAACUACGAAACGAACUGCGGUGGAUGCAAAGUUUCCUCAAGGAUACAGAUGCAGAGCAGGAGAAAAAUGAAAGAUUUCACAAUUGGGUGUCUCAAAUAAGAGAAGUGGCUUUGGAUGCCGAAGAUGUUAUAGCAACUUACAUUGCAGAAGCAGCAUCUCACAGUUCAUGGAACAUAGCUGCAAAGUUAAUCAAUCUUCACCAGGCAGGAAAGAAGAUUAGAGAAAUCAAAUUUACGGUCCAAAACAUUUCAAGCCAAAAGAACAUUUUGGGAUCACUGGCACUGCUCGAGAGGGACGUGAAAGGACAAGUGCUUCCCCAAAUGAAAGGCUUCGAUGGUGGAGACAUACAUCGCCCAAUAUCGAGGAAGAUGAUUUGGUUGAUCUUGUAG